AUGGACUCAACCACAUGUAUCUUUCAGCCUCCAUCAUUAGCUACCACACCAGAGCUCGCCUCAAGCAAAGGUUUUGCGAUUUAUGAGCUUCUCGAAAAGAUCCUCUUGAAGCUUAGCUUCAAGCAGCUCCUAGCGCUUCAGCAAGUCAGCAAACACGUACUGCAUAUGCUCGAGACCUCUAGGCCGCUUCGGCAGAAGCUAAAUCUCGAGCCAGCAUCCGGGGCACCGUAUCGCGUCGACGACGAUCGGGUCAGCCAUGGUGUCAUACAAGCAACGCCACCAUUCUGCACACUCGUGGUGUCUUACUCGGCGGAUUCAGCGCCCCCGGGGUUGGUAAUCGACUUCGUCAUUCGACUCAUGGAUGCAGAUAUCGACAAGUAUGGUCUGCCAGCCAGGGUUGCGGGCAAGACACCAAUGGGCGCACAUUGGUGGGACAUGUACCUGAUCCAGCCACCACCGAGGGUCAUGGAGGUGGAGGUGAGUCAGAAUUUUACCAGACGGCAAGUAUCGAGAUACAGUAUGGACCACGAGGUGGGCUUCACGCUCGGUGCGAUGUUUGCGGCUGCGAUGAGAGAGCGGGCCCGCGGAAAUACUGUUCGCUUCAGGAUGAGCAUUUGA